AUGGAUCUAGUGCCGUUCACAGCGGCCACGGGCAACAACAAUGAUGGUGGUAUUGGUGGUAGACAGGAGCAGGAGGCCAACCAGUAUUUCUUGCAAUUGUUGCAGGAAAACAAUCAGGUCAAUGUCUUCCUGAAUGACCCCCGCAUCCAAAGUGCGUUGGAGCUUCGAGCAGAACAAAGACACCGCUUUGCAUUGGACAACGUGUACGCCGAAGCCAACGCCUAUAUUGCUCAUCUAGAGGCAACAGCAGAUGCGAACCAUCGUCAGCAGCUGGCAUUCGUGAGCCAAUCAACACACCUACUGCUGGGACAACUUCACAAUGAAGUCAGAGUGCUAGAGACAAUCGCCCGUGCAGAACAACGCACAGCGAAUGAGCUGCAGGCACAGCUGGCACGCACACAAAGGGAAAGUCAUGAUGAACGGUCGUUGGCUAUGCAGUUUGAUGCACAUCGAUCCGAGCUGGAAGCAGCAGCACGCACGCUCACUGCCGAAAACAGACAGCACGAGCACCGUUUCGCGGAAAUGCGCGCAUCCUUCGACGAAAACCACAGCGAACUUAUAGCCUUUUUGGGUUCGGAGUUUGAGGAAAAGCUUCAGUGGGAGGAAAACGAAUUCCAGUAUAGGCUUACCUCUGAGGAACAGCAGUACGACAACUUGGUUGACGACCUGCAGGAUCGAAAUGCUGAGCUCAUAGCUGAGGUCAACUCCCUAAGGACUGUCUUGUCGACAGCGCAAAGUAGCCCACCGCAAGGUGGUGCCAUGCCGGUGAAAGUUGACAAGCCGUGCUACGCUUUCCAGCGGGGCAAAUGCCCACGAGGUGACAAGAAAGGUGGAGGUAAAGGCGGUAAAGGCGGGGAUAAGAAGGACACCUCCAAGAUCCCAUGCAUCUUUUAUCCCAAAGGCACUUGCAAGAACGGGAAGAAUUGCCCGUUUAUGCAUAAGGACGCCAGCCCGUCUGUCCCGGCCAAGGGUGACAAGUCCGGCAAGGACGGCAAACGAUCGCCUUCCGGCAAGCGCAGGCGACCUAGCAAAAAGAGGGCAAAGAGCGAGGAGAAGACAGCAGCCUGUUGCCUCUCCAUUGCAGCCACCCUCACGGGUGAGCCCUCGCCCAGUGCUGGGAAAUCCUACGCAGUAGCAGCCCGCAAGGGCCAUGCCGUGAAGUCUGGGAUCAAAAAGGUCCAAUUCCUGAGGCCAGAGAUCAUCGACAUUCCGCUCGAGGGUGAAGGUUGGAGGUUCGUCACAGAGAAGCGCAAGUACGAAUUCAGGUACAAGUCGGCGGACCGUUGCCCACCAUCUAUCCCGGAGGACACUGAAGAAGCCUUGCAGAACGCCCGUCACUUGGAAUCGGCAGUGAACGGGACCAUUGAUGGCAUGCUUAGCGGCAAAGUCUUCAGUCCAGCUGGCGCGGCAGAAGAUCCCAGCGAAAAGAUGGCAAAUUGCAUUCCUCCCAUUCCUGGGGUGGAAACAAGACAACUGCUAAAGGCAGGUUGGACGGUCAUCAAUGGCAGCCCCGAUGACGUGUGGUCUUUGUUGGAGGAUUCGGUCAACAUUGAUGAAUUCGACGGAAUCUAUGGGGAAGCGCAAGCCGACAGCGAUGUCGAGCCAUACACUAUGCCAACGUCUAAGAAGGAUGAUUGGUGGGAUGGCGAAACCUACUUCGACCUCGCAGGGGGGUACCAGAAGUUCAACAAAAAGCAAAAGCAGCUCCUACAUCAAUCAAAGUUCCUCUUGCCUACGGCUCAGUUGAAGCUCCCAGCUCAGAAGGCAAUGGUUUGUUUGAAGUUAUGUGUUGGUUCCCCUCUCGAUGAGGGGGGUAGGCUUAACAAACCGCGUUCUCGUUUCGAAAAUGAUUCGUUUGCGCGCACAUCGCUCGAGUGCACAAACACACAACAAACUGCAAGCCUUGACCGUGAAAUCAUGGCUCCCUUUAUGUGCACGACUGCCAUUGCAACUUUAGCUGGCUCUGAUCUUCCUGACUUGCCCGAAGCGACUUCCACGAUCCUCAAGAUGGCAGCCGUCGUCGUGAGUGAUGAGUUCGGCAGGGUCAACACUGCCGAAGCAGACAGGACUGGGGUAACCAAGGCCAUGAAGACACUUCUCCAAUCCGCCGCCCUCAACAACGAUAUCAUUUCUCUCGGCGCAGAUCACGAAUACGCUAUGUUGGAGUCGGCGUACUCCUGCGUGUCUACGCAAUGCGCGGCCGGGGUGUCAUUGACACAUGCUGAUGCAACCUGUGCUGCGCUGCGCCAGAUGGCUGACCUCAGUGACGAGGGACUCGCCAAGUUGAAGCCAACCGCAAGGUUGAGCCCCAAGGCCAAGCGAGCCAUCGUAGUCGUCUCAGACAGCUCCACCGCAAAGGGGAGUGUUUGUCAAGACCGACUUGGAUGCGGAAGUGAACAUCGCAAGCAUGUCGAGGAACACAUCAAAGAGCUUCGCGCCAACUUUCCGGACCACAUCAUCGACGUGAUCUGUUGGUGGUGUGGAAACGAGAUCUCCGGCCAGUGGGGCUGCAUCCCCACACGGCUUGGACCGGGACUCGCAUACAGAGAUCCCAAUGUCACAACGGAGACCGUUGCAAGGAAGGUCAGGCGGGCCGCAGAUGUUUUAGCCGCCCUCGCGGGCGAGCCGGACAUUGGUUUCGUGAAGGUGAUUGGGCAAGUGGAGGCGGACUUGUUCCAACUCCACUCGGCGUACAACGACUUCAAUGCCGCCAUGUUUGAGGAAUUCCGCCAGCGGAAUCUCCAGGUGCAAUCGGCGAGCUCCCUAGUGGAGAAGUUGGAGAUGUACGACUCCUUCCACGCCAGUGAAGAUCCUCGAAACCGCGGGUUGUUUCAGGCCUACUUGCAUGCGACUUUCAACGCCAGCAGGAGCGAAUGGAUUGCCCAGAAAAUGGCACCAUGUGUCAAGGCCCUGAUUACCCGCUAUGAGCAUUUCGAGACUGGAACCGGGGCCAACAACCCGGUGCUUCAGGACGUCUUCAAGCAGUGGCGCGAGGAGAGAGACCAGCUCUUGAACCCGAAGCAGGCGAAGCCGAUGCCGGUUACCCAGGAGGACAAGAUGUGGGAAGCCCCUGAUGCCGCUGAUGCGAAUGACAUCAGCAAGAUCGCCGCCGGGCCACCCAUGGAUAAAGCCAUCCGCAAGGAUGUGCCAAGGUUCGGUGCAACCACUGAUGUGAGUGCUGUUGCGGAGUGCGUCAACGACAUUGUCACCCAAGACGCAGAUGGUAAGGUAUCCUACAGUGUCCCCGGCACAGUGGAGUUGGUUGAUGAGGGUGACAAAGUCGACCCCAUCCCAUCAUCGAUGGGCAGAGUCAUGGAGCCCGCGGCACCCAAGAAGACCAAGAAGUCUGACCGCGAUGAGGACGCCGUGCGAAGGCUCAUGUUCGUUGAUGAAAGCGCCCCGCAAGAGGCUGCCACUGUGCCAGAGAAGCUUCCGAAUGAAUACUUCUACAAUGGUGCGAAGCACUUGAUGAAGCCAUUCAACCCGGAGGACAUUGUGGGCGACAAGCACGUCUUCAACACCGCUCGGGACGCACGUUGGGGUGUGAGGCAGCUGCUACACGCAGCGAAAGCCAACAACAAGGGGAGGAUCAGGCUACUGGGCAUCGAUGUCCCCAUGAAGGACACUCUGGGCCAGCCGUUAUUCCCUGUGCGUGUGAGAAUGGCCCAAGGGCACAAUCAAAAGCUCAUCGGCAAUAACCCGGACGCCGACUUCUUCCUGGCGACCCGGUUCUACAGUGGAUUGUCCCAGGACGAUGCCGAACUGCAAAGCAGCGUGAAGGGGGUUACCGUACUCUCCCGCGAGGACACGCCCGCCAAGCUCUAUCACCGAACGAAUGAGCGAGGCAUGAAGGGCAUCCUUCGCGACGGCAUGAUCGCUGGCUCCGCCCGAUCAGACAGAUCCCACAACUAUCUGUCGCCGUAUCGCCUGGAUGAUACCAACUGCAAAAGUGGUAUGCGAUCCAAUCAGCCCAUCGAGCUGGCCAUCGACACGCAGCGCGCAAUCGCCGCUGGAUGUGUAUUCUUCGUCACGGAAACCGAUGGCGUUCUCACUCGCGACAUCCUGUCCGCCGUCGACACCAGCAAGAAGAACCUCCCUCUCUAUGUCGCCGAAAACAAGGAAGCCACCCGCGAGGGUGAGCCAGUCCAUGUUUUCCGUGCCAAGCGCGACUACGAGGAGGCUGCAGCAAGCUCGUCAUCGGCACCGCCUCCAAAGCAGGCGGCUAUCGCUCCCAAAGCGACUGCUUCAAAGAAGAUGCCGAAGGUGGCUCCCAAGCCCACCGCCGUUGCCAAAAAGGACGACGACAUGGACUUGGAUGAAGCCACCCGCAAGGGUAAGCCUGCUGAUGCUGAUGUUUUCGCUCCCGAUGUCGAGGCUAAGGCCGAGGAGGAGGAGGGCGACACGACGGACGCGGGUGAAGAUGAGCCAUACCCACGUGGCUCGCAUCCAUGCAGGGAGUGCGCAGCAGUCGUUGCCAAUGGUAUGCUGUUCUGCCUCCGCUGCAAGGCUCCCCAGUUCCGCAAAGGUCACAAAGCGAGUCUUCGAAAACUCGAGGCUCCGCCAGCGCCUUCUCGCGCAACCGGAGCCCAGAAGCCCAUUGAGGACCUCCUUGCGAGCGAUCUUCGUGGCCUUGGUGACGGACCAAAGAAGCGCGGCCAAAUGAGUGCAGAGGCGGCUGUGAUCCGUGAUGCCAAAGACCGAAGGCAGAGAGCAUUCAAGCUGAACUUCGAGUCGUUGUCCUAUCGCUUCGAGCAUGACAACCAGUUCAGCAUGAGGAUGAUGCAGGAGGGCCGCAGCAUUGAGGACAUGCAAAAGUUCGACCACCUGGCGAAUGCUGUGCUCCCGGAUCCCGGACGCAGCGAGGAGCAGCGGUACUUGCGUGCCGGUUCCCAUUAUGGUGGUGGCAAUGUCCCACCUGCGAAGCUCGUCUAUUAUGCCCACUGCGAAGUGGAGCCGUUGCGGAGUCUGCGAUUCAUCGAUGAAACAGCGGACGUCCCCAUCGGCUUGACCUACAUGGGUGCAUUCCUCCCUCCGCGACUCUUUGCUGAGGUGGCUGCAGUGAAUGAUGCUGCGAAGCGGAUCCUGACCUUCGACGGUGAGGUCUAUCUGUCGGCGACCACUACUGAAGGCAUCACAACUGAGAUCGGCCAAAUCAUUUCCGAUAGCCUCCGUAGCGCCCGGGAUCAAACCCACCAAACGGAACGUUUGGCAGAGCGCAACCGUCAGGCUGCAGCCCAGAAUCGCCCAUCCCAAAAGGGACGUGGUCGUGCUGCGGACCCUGAGCCAAUGUACAGAGGCUACACUCAGGCCCAGUGGGAUGAGUCUUACCGCCAGCGCCGUGGAGGAUACACUCAGGCCGAGUGGGAUGCAUGGACCGCACCCAUAGGCGUUGAGUCCUCGAUUUUGAUUUGCUUCGGGCCGGUCCUCCACCAAAGCAACUUCGACACGCAACGCGCGGCCUUCGACGCGGCCUACGAUGAGGAGACGGACUCAGGGUAG